AUGUUGUUCUCAGCCCGUGGCAACCCUAUCGUGAUGGACAGCUCAAACGAGGAGUCGCACGAGUGUCGGCCGGGCUAUUUCGAGGCGAGGUGCGUUUUCCUCUCCGCAAUAAUAGUAAUGCCUAGGCGACGGUCGGCAAUAAUUGAGGCCGCGGACGGUGCACACAGAGUGGCGAUUGUUGAGCCUCGUUGGCGAACGGCCGUCAGCCAGCGAGCAUUCAAAUCAGCUCCGUUGGCCGAGUUCCCCGGCACGAGCAAGCUACGUACCGACGACAACAGUCAAAGGAAUAUAGACAUCCUCAGAAGUCUCAGAGAGUCACGGCCCGCCGCCCUCCUGUCACGAGGGUGGCGGAGGGGUGGCACCCGUGGAGUAGCGGGGUGUGUGGGGGGGGGGGGGGGGGGGGAUAAGACGCCAGGGGUGGGCGCCAAGGUCACCGGCCCCUCCACUACGCAACCUGCCCGCGACACGGCCACGAGCGACUCCAACACUCGACGAUUAAUAUCGAAUGGCUCUCGGUACGUCACGGGAAAAAUAAAAUCCGGGAGGAAAAGGACGCUU